AUGCUACAUAGGAAGCCCAAUCUGCACAUCGCCGACCCCCCGGAAGUAAGCCGCCUAUCCAUGGUGCGGCAGAUGGAUGUGAAAGAUGUACCCUGCGGCAUAAUCUCCUGCACCGACAAAGCCCUCGUCCUCCUCUUCGCCGGCCUCCCUGGGGUCCACAAGGGCUACCUGGUCUACGACGCCUCCAGCAAGUCCAUCUCAUGGAUCCCCAGCCUUCCCGGUUCCCUCAACUGCAUGCUCCGGACUGCCAUCCUCAGCCUCGGGAAGGGUUCCUACCUUCUCGCAGAGCUCGUUCGUGGUCCGGAGUUGGGCCUUGUCACGCUCUACAAGUGGCGGUCAACCAGCAACACGCGCCGGGGCCGGUGGAUCAGGAGUGCGGCUCGCCCUCCUCCUCAUCUCUUCAUGACCAACUCAUUCCACAUCGACAUGGUGUUCUCGUAUGGAAGCUCUUCCGUCUGCUGGGUCGAUCUCCUCCGAGGCGUCCUCAUUUGUGACCUGCUGAAAUCACCGGAGCCAGAGUUUACAUUUGUUCCAUUACCCUUGGGCUACUGCAUUGAUGUCCCCAGUGAACCCUGCCAAGGUCGGCCGCGUACAAAAGAGUUUCGCACAAUGGGCUGCAUUGGUGGAGUCAUCAAGUUUGUCACGGUGGUUGGUUACCACGGAAAUCAUAGCUACGAUGACAUGCUGCUGAAAACCUGGACUCUCUCACCCGACCACAAGGAUCCAGAUGAUGCUGAAAUCGUUAAUGUCACGCUGAGUGAUAUCGAAUAUGAGAAGAAGGUCGACUUUUUUGGAAAGGUUCACCGGGGCCGAAUGUUGCUCAAAGCCCAAUACUUGGUCUCCAUCAACACAGUGAAAAACAAGGUUCUCUCUUCCUGCAAACUAACUCAUGAAUAUCCAAGACCAAAAUUUCUUGAUCUCACCGCUAGUGAUUUGAGUGCAUAUGUACAAGAUUCAAAGGAUGUCUGUAAGGUACUAUUUGCUCUAAUUGCAUUCAGUUUAUAA